CUCCCCUCGUGUCCCUCCCGUGUCUCCCCCCUCUACCCCCGUGUCUCCCCCCUCUACCCCCGUGUGUCUUCCUCUACCCCCGAGUCUCCCCACGGCGCCAUGGUGCACGCGAAGGCCUACAAGGGCCAGGACUACGCGCGUCUGCGGCGCGCGUGCGCCUCCCGCGGGGAGCUCUUCCGAGACGAACUCUUCCCCGCCGGGGAGACGGCGCUGGCGCCCGCAGGGAGCGUGGCCAGCCGGGCGCCCUCGGGGCGCGUACAGUGGAAGCGCCCCAAGGAGCUGUGCGAUGACCCGCGUCUCUUCGUCGAUGGCAUCAGCGCCCACGACCUGCACCAGGGCUCCCUGGGGAACUGCUGGUUCGUGGCGGCCUGCUCCUGCCUCACACACAGGAAGAACCUGUGGACUACGGUGAUCCCCGACCACGAGGACCAGGAGUGGGACCCGGCGCACCCCGAGAAGUAUGCGGGGAUCUUCCACUUCCGCUUCUGGCGGUUCGGCGAGUGGGUGGACGUGGUGGUGGAUGAUUCGCUGCCCACGCUCGACGGGCAGCUGCUCUACUGCCACUCCAACUCGUCCAACGAGUUCUGGUCGGCGCUGCUCGAGAAGGCCUUCGCCAAGCUGUGUGGAUGCUACGAGGCUCUGGACGGGGGCAACACGGGCGACGCGCUCAUGGACUUCACGGGGGGCGUCUCGGAGUCGGUGGACCUGCUGGAAGGGGCCUUCUCGCAGCACGACAAUGACGAGAGGGAGAAGUUCUUCAGCAUGCUGCUCAAGGCAUACAGCCGCGGGGCGCUGCUCAGCGGAUCCAUACGGGCUGUGGGCUCGGCGGAGAUGGAGGCGCGCCUGGACUGCGGCCUGGUGAAGGGUCACGCGUACUCGGUGACGGACGUGCGCCGCGUGCGGCUUGGCCAAGGCCUGGUCGCGUUCUUCCGCGCGGAACGCCUCAACAUGAUCCGCAUGCGCAACCCCUGGGGACAGAAGGAGUGGAACGGGGCCUGGAGCGACGGCUCCGAGGAGUGGAAGAAGGUGAGCAAGGGGGAGCGUGAAGACAUGGGCGUCACCGUAGCAGACGAUGGGGAGUUCUGGAUGACGUUUGAAGACUGGUGCAAGUACUUUACAGACGUGGUGGUGUGCAGGAUCAUCAACACGUCGUAUUUCACCUUGCACAAGACCUGGGAGGAGGUGAUGCUAAAGUCGGCUUGGGUGACCGAUGAGAACCCGCUCAAGAACCGUGCCGGGGGCUGCAUCAACAACCGCAGCACAGCGCUGCAGAACCCACAGUUUGUGUUUGACGUGUGCAAGGCGGAGGACAUGGUGCUCGUGUGCCUGCAGCAGGAGGACCGGCGCGAGCAGCGCACGUCCGGGCGCAGCGGAGAAAACCUCGCCAUUGGCUUUGACAUCUACAGGGUGGAGCGCAAUCGUGAGUUCCGCAUGCACGCGUUGCAGCAGGAGAAGGUGGCGAGCUCCGUGUACAUCAACUCGCGCAGCGUGGUGCUGCGCCAGGAGCUCGCGAUGGGUCGCUACGUCGCCGUGGCCACCACCUUCGAGCCGCGGCAGCAGGGGCGCCUGCUGCUGCGCGUCUUCACCGACGUCGCGUCGCGUUGCAGGGAGCUGAUGCUGGACGUGCCACCGCACACGUGCUGGAGCGGCAUCGUGGGCUACCCCACCCUCGUCACCAGCCUGCACCUGGUCAGCGCCACCGGGCUGCCCCCAGGCUCCAGCCCCUACGCCGUGAUCCGGAGCGAAGGCAGCAAGGUGAGGAGCCGUCCCCACGCCGACACGCAGGAGCCCGCCCUGGACACCAAGGCGCUGUUCUACCGGCGCAAGCCCGACCAGCCCAUUGUGAUCGAGCUGUGGAACAAGAGCUGCGUCUGCUCCGAGUUCAUCGGCAGGGUCUCUGUGCCGGCCACGAUGGGCGACCUCAAGAGCAGCCACAGCAUGAGGUUGCAGGGCAGCGAGGGCAGCGACCGAGGCAGCGUCCUCAUCAGCGUCAACUCCAGCGACGACCUCGUGGCCAUCUGAGCCGCGUGGGGUCACGAAGGGUCACGAACGUAGAGCCCCCACCCCCCCCCACCCAAAACACGGGAGACC